CCCGCCGGGUGGCCAUGUUGCAGUCCUAGCAGGCAGCGCAGAGCGGGCGGCGGCGGGCCGGGAGCGCACAGACUGCAGCGCCAUGGCCGUGGCCGUGGGCAGACCGGCGAAUGAUGACCUUAGGAACCUGUCCCUCUCUGGCCAUGUGGGCUUUGACAGCCUCCCUGAUCAGCUGGUCAACAAGUCAACAUCACAGGGCUUCUGCUUCAACAUCCUCUGUGUGGGGGAGACUGGCAUUGGCAAGUCAACGCUGAUGGACACUCUGUUCAACACCAAGUUUGAGAGCGAGCCUGCGACGCACAACGAGCCUGGUGUGAGGUUGAAAGCCAGGAGCUACGAGCUGCAGGAGAGCAACGUCCGGCUGAAGCUGACUAUCGUGGACACCGUUGGGUUUGGUGAUCAGAUCAACAAAGAUGACAGCUACAAGCCCAUAGUAGAGUACAUCGAUGCACAAUUUGAAGCCUACUUGCAGGAGGAGCUGAAGAUCAAACGGUCCCUGUUCAAUUACCACGACACCCGAAUCCACGCCUGCCUGUACUUCAUUGCACCGACUGGACACUCACUCAAGUCCCUAGACUUGGUCACCAUGAAGAAGCUUGACAGCAAGGUGAACAUCAUCCCCAUCAUUGCCAAGGCUGACACCAUUGCCAAGAAUGAGUUGCACAAGUUCAAGAGCAAAAUCAUGAGCGAGCUGGUCAGCAAUGGUGUCCAGAUCUACCAGUUCCCAACGGAUGAAGAGACAGUGGCUGAGAUCAAUGCCACCAUGAGUGUCCACCUUCCUUUUGCUGUAGUUGGCAGCACUGAAGAAGUGAAGAUUGGCAACAAGAUGGCAAAAGCCAGGCAGUACCCCUGGGGUGUUGUGCAGGUUGAAAAUGAAAACCACUGUGACUUUGUGAAGCUGCGGGAGAUGCUGAUCCGAGUGAACAUGGAGGACCUGAGGGAGCAGACACACACCAGGCACUAUGAGCUCUACAGGCGCUGCAAGCUGGAGGAGAUGGGCUUCAAGGACACAGACCCAGACAGCAAGCCCUUCAGUCUCCAAGAGACUUAUGAAGCAAAGAGGAACGAAUUCCUGGGUGAACUCCAGAAGAAGGAGGAUGAAAUGAGGCAGAUGUUUGUCAUGCGAGUGAAGGAGAAGGAAGCAGAGCUGAAGGAAGCAGAGAAAGAUCUUCAUGAAAAGUUUGACCAUCUAAAGAGGACUCACCAAGAAGAGAAGAAAAAAGUGGAAGACAAAAAGAAGGAACUUGAGGAAGAGCUGAACAACUUUCAGAAGAAGAAGGCAGCAGCUCAGCUACUACAGUCACAGGCUCAGCAGGCAGGUUCUCAACAAACCAAGAAAGACAAGGACAAGAAAAAUGCAAGCUUCACAUAAAGCCUGGCAAGCCAAGGAUGUUCCUGCAUUCACCUGCUUUUGCAGUAAUGUGUCUCUGCCAUCUGUUUUCUUUCCUUUUAGUCUCUUUUUUUUCCCCCCUUUUUUCCCUCCAUUUUUUAACACAAAUAACUAUUAACUCAUCUAAUAACAUAGUGGGAGCAAGAAGGGAGAAGGAUUGGGUGCAGGACUCUAUGCAACUGGAAGCUCCAGGGUGGGGAAGGAGCGAGGUGAUGAUCCCAUGGGUUUUCCCUCAUCAAAACCAGCAGCAGGAAAUUGUUCUUGGCCCCAAACUGGAACUGAGUCAGGGCUGGAUGGCAGCAGCUCAGGUGAGCGUUGUUGACUGGCUCAGGUCCUUGGUGCUGGUGGCCUGUCCAGCUCUGGGAGAGCUGGCUGCAGUGUCCCCUGUGCUGAAGGCUCCACAGAAACCAGCCUUGGGGAAUUCCUGCUGCCCAGGGAUCACAGACCCUGGGUUUAACCCAGCCCCUGCUCCUUCUGAUGUUAGAGCACCUGGAGUCCCACUGCUGGGGGGUGGGGGAGGCUGUGUGUGUAGAUAACCAAAGUUGUCACUGACCUUGCAUGCCAUUACAUUUGCAUGAUGUUUUUAUUAGCUCCUGGGUUCCUUGCCUGCCUUGAUCCCAGUGGUUGGCUUGGGGUGGUUGUCACCUGCUGGCCUGUCUUUGCAGCCACCCUUCCAGCUCAGGCCAGCAGCUGCCUGCCGACUGCUGCGGUGGGAGCCCAGCGGCACUGCAGGUGCUGGGAGCAGCACCACUUCUCACUGCCCCUUCCAUCUGUUACCUGCCUGGCCAUGACCAUUGAAGCCUCACUUGAAAGAGCACCUGGUCUCCAGUGUGCAUGAUCUUAGCAGCCCAUAUGGAGUCAAAAGCCUGGGUGGGGUGGAAGAUAUCCUUCAGAGGCCUCUUAGAGCUUUUUGGGAGGAUGCCUACAUGCACCUAGACAGGCUUGCAAAGCUGCAGAGUCCAGAAUUUCACAGCAAGGCAGAGAGGGGGCCUGGACCUUGUGCUCCCCACCAGCCCUCCUGCACCAGGGACAAUGUCCCUUGAGGAUGCAAAGGAGAUGUGGCAUAACCAGCCCUGGUGGUGUGGAGAUGAGUCUGAUCGAUGUCUUUUCUACACCACUGCUUUUUCGGACAGAGUCUUUCCCAUCCUUCUCAAGAAGUGGCAAGCCAUGCUUACCCUCUGACUUCUGCAUUUCUUUCUCUUCUGCUGAUGUCCAGCCAGCAUUCCACUCCUCCUAGCUAGGUAGUCUCCUCUUCCUUCCCUUAAAAACCACUCUUUCUACCCCAGCCUCACACACUGCAGUUCUUCUUUCUGGAAUGAAAUUUCUUGUCUCUCUGGGAGAGGGGGGAAAGACCAAACCCAAAAGGCAGAAUUAUCAUCUCUGAAGUGUUGAACUGGGGAGUGUGUUUGGGGAUUGUCUUGCUUUUUAACCCUCCCUGCUUGAACAUGGCUUUGGGAAGAGAAUAUCUAAAUGUCAUGUGUUGGACAGACAGCAAAACCUGAUUGGAGAUAAAAAAAGCUGGAAAUAAAACCGUUGAGCCUUUUCUUCCCUUUGUUGUUGUUGGGUUUGUGUUGUUUGGGUUGGUUUUGGUGGUGGUUUGUUGUUUUGUUGGGGUGUUUUUUUCCCAUCACACCUCCUGCUCUUCCCAGCCAUGAUGCACAUCUUGUCAGGAUAAAUAGGUUUGCUAGGAAAAAUUCAGCUGGUUCUUGAGGCUUCUGGCAAAGCCAGCUCUUAAAUCUCGAGCUGUCAGGGAAGAAGCUCGGGUUUUGGCAGGAGGUUUUCACAGCCACAUCAUCCUGCACAUCACUGAGUGCUUGUGGCAGAAUGCUUUGCUUCAGCUGUCUCUGUGCAUGUCCUCCUCUUAAUUACCAGCAGCUGGUGCCAAGAAGGAAACUUCAUUUCCACGUUUCUUUGUCCUGCUUCAUUUAACAGCCCUUGAAGGUACGUGUGCUAGGGGAAAUCAGCCGAGUCCGGCGAUUCUCCGCCGUUCUUUUGGACAGAAAGCUGUGGCCAAGUGCAUUCAUGUGUUCUUGAUUGAGUUUCUUUCUCCAGCACAAAAACAAACUCUUCUGGAGAAGCUGGGAAUAAGCCAUAAACUUGUGCAAGUUAAAGGUACUGGUUUGGGUUUUCUUGCCAAAGGAGAUGUUGAUCACUUUCUUCUCUCCCCUUAACCCCCUAGGCCAUGUUUAGCUUGUUGCUGAUGCUGCACUUCUUGGCUUUCCUUUAUGCCUUUUUUCCCAGCACGGAGUGAAUUAUGGACUCCAGUCUAGCUGGUGUGCUUUCACCUUUGCAUGUGAGUAGAGCAGUAAGAGAACUCACCCUUCCUGCCUCACUGCUGAUAGGAAACCAGCUGUGUUUGGCUGGGGGGAGGCUGGCUUUUGAGUCCACUUCUUUACAAGUGGCGUGGUUCACCCAGCAUCACACCUCUGCAAUAACCUGCUUUUGCUGAGAGGGUGGAGAAGGAGCCCCAGGGAACACAACAUCCAGUUCCUAAAGCAACCCACCACAGCUGCCCUGCAAGCCAGCUGGUGAAGCUGUGACAGGGUUGCAUGGGCAGACACCCUGCUUGAGAGGCACUGCAGCCUUCCCUGUGCAUGGCACAGUGAGCACAGCUGGCUGAUAAUGCUGCAUGGUCCUCACAGGUGGGUUUCAAAGCCUACAAUCAUAUAAAAAAAGCAGGAAAACUCACUGAAACACAUCUCUGGGAUGCUGGUGCCCCCAGGGCACAAAACACCUACUCAGAAGGGAAAAACAACCCAAAUCCAGGUCACUGAGAGCAGCCAGGAUUGCUCUGUAGAGGUGGGCAGCUGUGUGUCCAGCAGUCAGCCAGAGGGGUGGAGAUGAGCAAAGGUUUGGGCUCCCAAAGCUCACUGGGGUUGCAUGGCUCCUUUCCAGGAGGGCAGAAGGUGCCCUUUGAACCUGUGGCUGUUAACUGCAUGCACCAAAUGGUGCUGCUGGGGAGGGGAGCAAGCAGUGACCCCCCCUGGGCUCCUUCACAGCCUGGAAAUAGCAAAUCCUGUCAGCUGCCCACCCACUUUGUGUGCUUCUGACAGUCUGAAAUCCCCUCCAGGAGCUCGGUGUCUCUUGACGUGUGCCUCUGUUUAACAAGCCUGGUGUUGCUCCAGGUAGCUCUCAUUCUGCUUCUCCUAAAAGGUCCAGGUGAGAAUGGAGAUGGCUUUUUUGUGUGUGAUCAGACCAGAGCUGUCCAUUUCAAUCCAGCUGCCCUUCCAAG